AUGUCGGCGAACCUUUAUCGAAGGCAGCUUUGCUGCUGUGCGCCGAUGUCCGAUUAUUGUACGAAAAUGGCUCUUCUGGACGAUACCAACGGUAACACGGUGAACAUAAACAACCAGCCUGCUGCGGAGGCGGCCGCGGACGGGUGCACCGUUGGUGCAGGGAUGGCACCAACAACAGUUGAUUCCGUCACGAUGCUACACUCACCGUCGAACGACGAUCUGAGCCAAAGUUUGUCCGAGUACACGGACGCCGAUGAAAGCAUAUCAGCCCCAACCGAACUGCUAGCGGAAUUCCUGUCGGCCAUUAUGAUUCGUGACUAUGUAAAUGCGCUUAAGUACUGCAAGCAGAUACUACAAUACGAGCCGAACAAUACAACUGCACGCGAUUUUUAUCCACACAUCCUCUCCAAAAUAAGCGAAAUGCAAAGCAACGAGCUGUCGGGCGAGAGUGACGAAAACUACAACUUUAACUGCAGUUCGCCAUUAGCUUCAUCAGCUUCAUCGCCAUCUUCCUGUUCCGUUUCCUCAUCGCCGGCAUCGUCUCGUUCAUCCUGCUCCUCAUCUUCAUCUUCCUCAUCCGGUUGCGAUAACAUCGACGAAGUUAUCAUGGUCUGCAGCAGCGACAGUGACGAAUCGUCCGAGGCGUGCUGCUCGUUUCCGGAUUCGAUUGGCAAUGAGGACGAGGGUGGAAAAGGCUACAUUCAACAGCAACAAGCGCCGGAAGGGAAUGAAGGGAACAGCUCUCAUCCGUUGGUGCAGGAAGCGGCAACAGCAGUCGGGGCGCUUGCAUUGACGGGUUCCCGUUCGCUGAGUGACAACAAUACUUCCCAGUCGUACUCGAGUCUGCUGUUGGAGGACGAGGAAAAGGACCUUACCCUGUCCGACAUUUCGAACCUCAACAUCGAGGAGGAUGAAACAUCGAACGAUUGUGGUGGUUCGCUGGAGAAUAGCUACACACCGUUGGAUGUGACUGCACCGGUGGUAAAACCGGUCCCGACGACGAAUCUUGCUUCUGCCACGGUAUUUGCCUCACGGCUUGUGGCAAUGCUACGGUCUAAAGUAAUACCGUCCAAGGCGGCAGGCGAUUGA